UAUCUGUGGCCGAUCUCUCUCGUCUUGUCGCAGGUCCUCUGCUGCUGGCUCGCAGCUGGGGCCAGCGGCCAGCGCUUCCAGCAGCAGCGACUGGAGCAAGCGACGACAGGGGGGCGCCCCUUGCAGAAGCAGGAGGAGGCCCCGUACUACCGGGAUGCCCUGCCCCGAUCGGCGCAGGCCGUGCCGCGCUACUACCCCCCGGCGCCCGUCCACUACGUGAGCAUCGGCGAGAAGCUGGACGGCGAGUACCGUUUCGGCUACGACUCCGGCAACGGGCCCCUGGGCCACAGCUACCGCCAGGAGCUCCGGCUCCCCGACGGCAGCACCCGCGGCUCCUACGGCUACGUGGACUCGCGAGGUCACAUGCGCAGGGUGCACUACAGCGCCGGCAAGAACGGCUUCGUCAUCCUCAAGGACGAGCGCAUCCUGGACAAGGAGCCCCCGAAGGACACGCUCCUGGGGAAGGACGAGUUGCUGACCACCACGGCUGCACCUGCAAAGGUUCUAGUCUAAAGCUGUUAUGAUAUACUACAAAAGACCCGAAAC